AUGUCGAAAGGCCCCUCUAUUCAGGGCUCUAAGCGGAGCUUGAGUCCUGAAAGCAGAUUUCUGCAGAAGAAAGUACAGAACUCGUGCAAGGAAUAUGGCAAUGAGAUUUAUUUAGCAGCUAGGAACAAGUGAAGAACCCCCAUUGAGAGGAUUGUCAAGGAGGUUACCAGUGGAAAGGUCAAGAUUGAGGAAAACAAAGGUGAUUUAGCAGAGAAAACCUCUAAGCUGAAAGAAUCCCUCCGCAACUUUGAAGUAAAGCGUACUGUAAAACUAAUGAAUGAUUCUCUAACAGGCAUUUUUCGUAAAGACCAAUCAAAUGAGUCAUACCUCAGUAACGAGUCAAUUGGGUACCAAGCUAAGGCUCUUAGCAUAGUAGAAAGUUACGUGGAUGAACGCAUGGAGGGCCAAAUGGCCCCUCCUCCUGUGAGUCAUCGAGCAAGGGACUUCAGAGGGAAAUUGGAAGGACAGAAGGAGGCAGGGAGGAUUAAGGGUUAUAAGAGGAGAAUGAAGGGAAGGAAUGGGGGAAAGGGGAGCCUGGGAGGUAAACAGGUGGGGAAGACUCAGGAAUAUCAAAUCAUUACCAUGACUCCUGCUGAUACUGUCACUGAUCCUAACAUUCUGCACAGAAACCUAAAAAUUAAGGGAAGAUUUUCAAAAGAAACUGAAAGUAAGAAUGAUGUUAAGAAGGAGACGCUCGAAAAUAAUUGGUCAAAUCUCAAGCUGAAACGAGUGCAGGCGAAGGAAGAGCGCAAAAAGCGAGCACUAGAAUUUAAAUAAUAGAAUGUCUGAGGUCUUAGGCAAGGAAUAUCUGUAUAAAUAAAAUCCAGAGACAAUUUGAAGAUUCUCAGCAACAGCAAAAGAAGGUUGAGCAGGAAAUUAUUGACCAAAAACGAAGAGUUUAUAAUCCAAAAAGAGGUAAAAAUGGUGAGCUACACAGUCCGUACAGGAAUUUGGAGAUGAAGAAAUUUGCUAAGAAAUAUGAACAAGAGCUUCAAAAAUUAGAAGCUAAGAAGAAAGAUCAGAGGGAAGAAUGGUACAAAAACCUUGGAAAUGGCCUUCCUUAUAAAUCAAAAUUACCGUAUAAUAAGAAAUUAAUGGAGAUAUUGGAGAAAGAGAAAUUGGCAAAGCUGGAGCAGGACUAUAAAAAGCAAGCCUUAAAGGAAAAGACAAAGAAAGCUCAAGCAUAUGCCAAAAUGGUCAAGGACAUCCAUUGGCCUGCAAUCUCGCCAGAAAAGAACCUUGAAGUCAUUGAGAGGAAGAAAGAGUUGAGUCGGAAGAAAGGCAAGCCUAAUAAUAGAUCAAUCAGUCCAAUAUUUCAUUCUUCUCAUAAGUCUUUGAAGAAGGGAAUGCCUAUGAUUAAGGAGACAAGUAUUCAGCCUAAAACACGUAACAAGAGGACUUUACUUACCAAAAUCAAAUGGGGGAAAUCAAUGUACACAAAAGAGCAAGAGAAGAUUCAAAAAGAAGCCAAGAAGGAAUAUAAGAAUUACCUUCUUGAAUUUCAGCCUAAAAAGAAAGGUACCAAGCAAGGUCAUGAUGAUAUUGACGAAAAUGAAGCUUUUACUCCUUACUGGGACUGGAAAUCCAUCAACAAUGAUACCUCAAUUGACGAUGCAGCCAAAGUAGAGCUUUUGAAGGAGAAAGCAAAUAUGCUACAAGAGAGGUCAGAAUUGAAUGAGAAGCUCUUAGAUACAGGCACGGUUGAGCCUGAGAAAUCAUCUAUCACGAAUAACUUCCUGAUUGCUUCUAUUGAGGCUAAGCUGGCCAUUCUGCAGCAGAUGAAUAGUUAAGAAACCAAAAUCC